AUGGCUCCGAAUUCUUCAGCUUCUACUGGAGCUACCAUUGCAGAGUAUGACAGUCUCAACGAUGUUUCAUCGGCCUCUAACCACUUUACCCUUAAACUUGAAACCGCUCUUUCCCUUCUGAAAAUUAUCUCUCCACAAAAAUUCGAGCAAAUCAUCGAGAAGUUCAGCGAAAAAAACCGCAAGAUCCAACACGAAAAGCACGGAUUCGCUGAAAAGAUCGACAAGAUAGAACCGGGACAGAUGAGACAGUGGGUGGAAGAACUAACCAAGUCACACUUUGACGAAGCAGAGUCCGCUAUACGUCAAGAGCAACAGAAGGACGUUGAGAGAGUACUUGUUAAUGUUUUCGAGCAUUUACGAACAGCGGAGGGUAAUUGCACUAUUGAGAAGUCAUCAGGAAAUUUUGUUCGCAAGUGUGGUGGUAUUUUCCUCCUCUGUUGCAGCGCUGCGCUGUUAUUGAAUCAAGGUUAUAUGUUCAUCAAUGAACGUAGCGAAAUGGGAGUAAGUUUCCGUUCGAAAGAUUCCACAAAAUAAUUAUAUUUCGAAGCUGAUACAUGAUUUACAGACCGCGAAUCGCGGCGAUAUACACAAUGUCAAGCACACUGACCUCGAAGACCAUCCAGAGCAAUCUUUCGCAACCAAACCAAUAUUACCACUAA